ACAAUAAAUAUUUUUCGUUUUCAUGGAGUAUUUAUUAUCUCUAAAAAUGCAACAGUUUGUCUUUAUUAAUUAAUAACAGUGAUAUCAGACAUCAAGAUUAUAAACUCAUAUCUUAUCCUUUAACCUGUAAAUGCAAAUGUCAAUAAAAUCGUUCCUAAAAUCGCUGUUUCGAUUCUGAAUUUAAAGUAAGAUGUCAGCAGUGAGAUCUUGCCCAGGGCUGUACUGCGGCCGUACACCGCUGGAUAAUGGCUCCUGGAGCGACUGCGGGGCCUGCCCUCGAGGUUUCCGGACGAACGCGUCGAGUUACUGCGAGCCUUGUACAGAUGUACCGACGUUGUAUGAUUGGCAGUAUUUAGGGUUCAUGGUGCUCUUGCCGCUGGUGUUGCACUGGUUUUUUAUCGAUAUGGUGUCUAUAGGCAAAGGGAAGCAAGGCAUACUAGCCCAACACUUCUCAGCAUUCUUUGAGGUAGUCUCCGGCACCUUAGCGGCCUUGCUAGUCCUGCCACCAACGGGAAGCUUGGCAUUACAUGUGUGUACUCCAACAGCACUGUCGGACUGGUACACGUUGUUACACAACCCGCAGCCGGACUAUAAGGAGACAUUGCAUUGCACGCAGGAAGCUGUUUAUCCACUGUAUACAAUAAUACUGCUGAUCUACGCAUUCAGCUUACUGAUGACGAUCACUAUAAGGCCAUGGUUGAUGACGUACCACCCUCCGAACCCUGGGAAGAAGGCCAUAUACUGUGCUCUGUACUUCUAUCCUAUUCUGGUCCUUAUUCAUACUGUUGCUGCUGGAUUGAUUUACUGCUCAUUCCCCUACAUAAUAAUAAUAAUCUCAAUGAUGACGUCAGCGUCCCACUUCUCCAUCAAGCUCGACCAAUCAGCGUCAGCCCUACUCCUGUCAUCUAUCGGCAACCCGAGGAACUUAGUAAUACUGAUCGGCCAUUGGCUGGUUCACGCGUACGGCAUUAUAUCUCUCACAGGGUUGAAAGAUCUGUGGUACUUGAACUUAGUGCCUGCGCCAGCGUUGUUUUAUAUACUGACCGCCCAGUUUACUGAUCCGAUGAAGAUACAUAAUGAUUGACGGUAUUGGAAAACUGUCUGGAAAUAGAUGCGUUAGUUCAGUUUGUGAACUUAGUACUAGUAUAUGGUUGGUUGACAGCAGGAGGCAUUUCACCACAGUGACAUUGUCACUGACAAUUCUGUGCCUAUUUCUGGGUUGAUAAGUAACAUUGUCUCUCAGCGUCAAUAUUUCCUUGUUGAACAGGCAAUGAACGGCGAAAUGACAUUGUCACUAUUGUGAAAUAGGCCACAGAAACUUAUAUAACGACGGUGAAGUACCAUGAACUCCCAACUACUUAGGUUUUCGUACUUAGUUAGGAGUUCAUGGCACUUCGCCAUCGAUAAGUAAUCCAGUGUCCUUUAGGCUUGAUGUGACUAAUCUGCGCGUCAAUAUGAAUGAUGACUUGAUGAGAUCUAAAAUCGAUCGUUCUAGAAAAUACUAGUGAGUUUCGAUUGUCAAUCGACGAUAUUCAGUAGUUAAUGAAUUGAGUUUUAUUUUCACUAGAUGGCAAUGCACGAUAUUGGUAGUGUGGAUACCUGACAGUAACGCCAUCUAGAUAAACUCUAUUUCGAAAAAAACUAACGGAUGAUAGUAAAAUUCACUGUUAAUAUAGUUAUGUAUAUAUUUGUAAAUUACCUGAUUCCCGGCUAGUUAUUUAUUUAGACUAAAUAAGUAUUUUAAUAUUUAAUAGUAACUUUGACAUUUAUCAUUGCA